CACGAGCCACCAAGCCCAUAGCAUCGAGAGGCAGACAUUUCCAGCCCAAUGCCUCGAGCGCCCACGCCUUCAACCACGAUGUCGCAUCAAAAUGCUGAUGGCCCUGUGGCGAAGCGCCAGAAGGUAUCCCGGGCUGUCGAUCCCACCAAGCCGCCAGCCAGUUCAUCACGCAUUUUUGCUCCAUUCCGAACCGUCGGUCUCGUCUCUCCCACAAGCGUCCCAUUCACAUCCAUCCCUCUUGGCAAGACCACGUUCCAAAUCACAACCUCUGUUGGCAAAUCUCUCCAGACGUACGAUCUGCGCCGCGGCCUCAACCUCGUCUUCAUGACUAGACCCCAGACACCACUCGAAAUCACGGCCACGUAUGCGUGGAAGGAGAAGGUCCUGGCUGCAUGGGGCGGUGGUGUGGAUGGCGCGGCACAGGGUCUCUGGAUAUUCCAGCGGGGCAAGAAGGUUGACGAGCUCACAUUGCCAUCCGACAUCAAAGAACCCAUCAGGCAGAUCAUUGUUUUCGGUACCUGGAUCGUUGCUGCAGCUUCUACAAGGAUUGAAAUCUUCAAGUCUGCGACUCUAGAGCACUACACCACCAUCCACACCAUGGCUGCGAGCCAGCGGGGCAAUGAGAUCACUGGAGGCAUUACUAGCAUGCCUACGUUUUUGAACAAGAUUUUUGUUGGGCGGAGAGAUGGCUGGGUCGAGAUUUGGAAUGUCAGCACGGGAAAGCUGAUCUACACAAUCUUGCCGCCGUCCUCUGACUGCGGCGCAGUUACCUGCAUGGAACCGACUCCCGCCUUAUCCUUGAUGGCCAUUGCAUACAACAAUGGUCCCUUGGUCAUCACAAACAUACUUACCGACAAGCGUGUUCUUCAGAUUGAGGCCGGGAACGCCGAUGCUCCAGUCAACUGCAUAUCUUUCCGUACCGAUGGGAUGGGCGCUGGCCACGACGGGCGCAAAGACGGCGUCAUGGCGACGGCGACUGCGGCGACUGGCGACGUGACGUUCUGGGAUCUGAACAGUGGUGGUCGUGUCAUGGGCGUUCUCCGCAGCGCCCAUAACCCCCCAUCCCGUGACGGUCGCAGCAUACGAGGAGGCGCUAGCAAGGUCGAGUUUCUCGCCGGACAGCCUGUGGUAGUAACCAGCGGCCUCGACAAUUCGCUGAAGUCCUGGAUUUUCGACGCUACCCCGUUUUCGCCCGUCCCUCGGAUUUUGCAUUCUAGGAGCGGCCACUCUGGGCCGGUCAAUUGUCUCCAAUUUCUUCCCACCGACUUCGAUGGCGCUGAGGCUGGUAACAAGUGGCUGCUCAGCGGCGGCCAGGACAGAAGCCUUUGGGGCUGGAGCUUACGCCGCGAUGGUCAGAGCACGGAACUAAGUCAAGGCAACAUUCGAAAGAAAGCCAAAAAGGUCGGGAUCCUGUCGACGAAUGCGCUGGCACAUGGGCCAACAACUACAUUGGAAGAUCUCAAGGCCCCCGAGAUUACGUGCAUUGCCACCUCGCUUAACCGGGAUGGUGGCAUUGGGGCAAUUCCUGGGAAGCAACCCAUGUGGCAAAAGGGCCAGGUCCAAGGUAAAGCGAAUGACGCUGAAGUCAGUGGCAUGACCGGUUGGGAAAGUGUCGUCACUGCCCAUAAGGGAGACGCCUAUGCUCGAACAUGGUUCUGGGGUCGCAAGCGUGCUGGUCGUUGGGCGUUCCCAACUGAUGAUGGCACUCACGUGUCGACCGUUGCAAUCAGUCCUUGUGGCAGCUUCGCCGUCGUGGGCUCCGAAGGGGGCAGCAUCGAGACUUUCAACCUCCAAUCUGGCAUGCGGCGACAGCGAUUCCCGUCGAAAUUGACGCCUGCGCAAGCUCGUCAGGUGCGAUUGCAGCAGCUCAGACAAGCUGAUGACGUCGCACAGCUGCAAUCCGAGUCUGGCAGAAGGUUUCCUCCUGGAACCGGCAAGCAUACCAAAGCAGUGACCGGCAUCAUCGUCGACUCGAUGAACAAGUUCCUCAUAUCUUGCUCGCUCGAUGGCAAAAUCAAGUUUUGGGACUUCCUCACUGGGACUUGUCUGGAGCAGCUUGACUGGGCGCCAAUGACGGCACCGAUAGCUUGCAGAUAUCACGCCGCCAACAAUCUCUUAGCCUUUGCUUGCGAUGACCAGUCUAUACGCAUCGUCGACAUGGAGACGAAGAAGACUAUCCGAGAGUUCUGGGGCCCGCAAGACGCCAUCACCGACAUUUGCUUUUCCAACGAUGGCCGGUGGGUGAUCGCUGCUUCUCGAGACCGAAUUGUCCGUGUCUGGGACUUGCCAACCAGUCACUUGAUUGAUGCUAUUCGACUUGAGCGUCCCUGCACCGCCCUUUCGAUGUCGGUGACUGGAGAGUACCUCGCCGCCACAGUUGAGGGCAAGCCAGGUGUCACUAUUUGGACGAAUAAGGCGCUGUUCAAGCAUGUUCCAACACGACAAAUAUCCGAAAAGGAGAUUUUACUGGUAUCGGCCCCCACGGUCUCUGGCGAAGGCAACCAGGGCAUGGUGGAUGGCGCCUAUGAGGAUGAUCAGUCGGAAUCAGACGAUGCCGUUGUGGCCCCAACUGUGGAGCAAUUGAGCUCUGAUAUGAUGACUUUGAGUCUGGUUCCAAAGAGCCGUUGGCAGACUCUUCUACAUCUCGAUCUCAUCAAGGAGCGCAACAAGCCCAAGGAGGCCCUCAGAGCACCCGAAAAGGCCCCUUUCUUUUUGCCAUCGACCACUGGUGCAGCCCCUUUUGCUGGCCAGCAGAAUUCUACCAAUGUCUCCGAAGAUGACAGCAAGUCCCGGAUCACCAAGCUUGACAGGGCCCGUUUCGAAGAACUCUUCACUACGAAGCUCCGCUCAGCAGCGGCAUCGAACAAUUACGAUGAAUUUAUUGAGCAUUUGAAGUCAUUAUCGCCAUCCAGCGCUGAUCUCGAGCUGCGGUCUCUAUCUGUCGGUGGUGGUGAUGAGGAGGAAAACGAGCUCUUGCAUUUUAUCCACGCGCUCACGGCGCGACUCAUGGCGCGCAAGGACUACGAGGUGACACAGGCCUGGAUGACCGUUUUUCUCCGCCUUCAUUUUGAUGUCGUGAUGGAGAGCACGACUCUACUUGCCGCGCUGGAACAAUGGAAAACACACCAAGAACAGGAAUGCAGCCGCUUGGAUGACCUGGUUGGCUAUUGCAGUGGUGUUGUCAACUUUCUCCGGAGUCCGAGGACGUAGUCGGCAGGAGGUCUCCUUCCAGACAGAGCGAAGUGGACAGUGACACCAAGAAGCCCCCCAGAGUCUUCGAAAUACAGUUUUCUCUGGAUGACUACAAAAAGGUUCUUAUUUAGCCUUCAACGACCCCCCUUUCGGGUUGUUCAUAUAUCACACUUUAAAGCUGAAGUGGCACGGUGUUUGGGGCACUCGCAGCGAACGAUCUCGGGGAUCAAAGUGGCGGCGGCGAGAAGGUCGCCGUUCAAGCUCAAGCGCCUAACGCGCUAUAUUCAAUACCUCUGCCCAACUUCAUUUGGACGACAAACCUAGCAAUGCUUACGUCGGAUUGCUUGCGUCUCGACGCAAGGUGCCGAGUUUGUCCACGAAUCGAAAGAUCUUGUUGUUUUCAUAGAGUUAGGUAGCCUGCACGAGUGUUCGUGCCUUCCGCCUAAAAGCGAGGACUCGAUCUGAAUACCGUUAGAUGGGCGCAUGUGCAACAAAUCACCCUGCAGUGUGGAGAGUCGAGAC